CGUCGACAUCCGUUAAGUAUCAAUGAAUGCUGAUCAAGACUUGAGUUUCGCGAUCGGAUGGAAUCGGUUGAAUUUGGGCCUCGUCGGCAUUUGGCCUGACCCGCUGCAGGGUCCUGGCCAAAGUGGCGGGCUCUCCAGAUGUCGAUUUCUCAUAGCCAGCUUCCUCAUGUUGGGUUUCAUAUGUAUACCGCAAUCGGUGAAUCUCUUUUUCAUUUGGGGCAACGCUGAAAUGAUGACUGAGAACUUGGCGACCGCGAACAUUCCGGUCACGAACGCCUUCAUGAAAGCCUUCACCAUGUGGCAUCACAGAAAAGCCCUGAAGCCGUUGGUCGACUUCUUCUACCAAGAUUGGCAUGCGUCGAAGACGUUGUACGAGAAGGUGGUCAUGCUGAGGAGUGCAUCGGUCGCCCGGAAAAUAUCCAUCUGGUGCACGGUACUUACGCAGACCAUGGUGACUCUUUACAUCGUGCUUAGAAUUUCAGUCAUCGUCAGGUUGCAGCGGAACGACCCUGCCCGUCCCUUGAUAUACACGGCCUAUUUUCCUUUCGACGUCAGUCGAAGCCCGAUUUUCGAGCUGGUCUGCUUGGGUCAGAUCCUGUCGGCCUACAGCAGUACUGCGUCCUACACCGGCACCGUCAGUUUCAUUUCCAUGCUGGUGCUUCACGUCUGCGGUCAGUUUCUCUCUCUGCGAGAGAGACUGAAGAACAUCGCCGACGGAGUGAAAACGGUCGAGGAGUUCAGGGACGAGCUGGCGCAAAUCGUGAAGAGGCACGAGCAUCUGAAUUGGUUUGCGAAAACGAUCGAGGAUUCCUUCAAUAUGGUGCUCUUGAUGCAAAUAUUUUCAUGUACCGUUCAGUUGUGCUUUCAAGGUUUCCAGGUCUUUAAUAUAAUAAUCAACGGCAGAGACGAAUCAUUAACCUUCCAGUUAAUCUUUCUAGCCAUGUUUGUAGCCUUCAUUUUAAUUCACUUGUACGUUUAUUGUUACAUCGGCGAGAUGUUGCUCGUGCAGAGCACCGAGAUAGGAUUCUCCGCGUACGAAUCCAACUGGUUCAAUGUACCAGGGAAGGAAGCGAGAAACCUUUUGCUGAUCAUGCACAGAUCGACGAUGCCGCUUUGUUUAACCGCCGGGAAAUUCGGCGUGUUCUCCUUGCAGAUGUUCAGUAAGAUCGUGAGAAGCUCACUCGGUUACCUGUCGGUGCUGCUGACCGUAACCAAUAGCAAAGAGUAACUCCAGCCGGAUAAUAUCGAUCGUGAUUACGACGACGAUCGUCACGCAUGAUUGUCGUGGUUGAGCAGUUUUGAUCCGCCGCAUGUCGCAACGUGUUGGAUGUUUUCCAGAUGCGCUUAGAUAUUUUCCUCGAAAUGUACGUCAACAUCACGCUGUUAUAAAUGCAAUAAAUGCGGAUGCAAACAA